AUGGCCGGGCGCCCGCGACGAUGGGCGGCCGCGGCCGCCUGCGCCGCGACGCUCGCCGUGGCGUCGCUCUGCUACGCCGGCGGCGGCCUCGGGGCCGCCGUGUCCCGGCGCUUCGACUUCGGCGCCGUCCUGACGAGCGCCCUGUCCAUCGAGGCCGGCGGCGCCGACUACGCGACGCGGCCGGGCGUGGGCUACCCCUGGCUCGUCGAGGGCCGCGUCGUCGAGCCCUGGCGGGAGACGACGCUGAGCGCCCGAGCCUACGACGAGAGGCGCGACUACAGCUGGACCGUGACGGACGCCGCGGGCGCCGCGUGGACCGCGUCCGGCGUCGAGGUAUCUCGGACCUUCACGGCCCUCGGCCAGUACGCCGCCGUCGUCGCCGAAUCCAACAGCGACCGCCGCGCGACGCGCACGCUCUACUGCCGCUACGUGCGCCGCGACGUGCGGGACCUGACGGACGAAGACCGCGAGGCGUUCUUCCAAACCUUCGCGACGCUCGCGUCCGUCGGCGCGGCCGAGGGGAAGCGGACCUACGGCGACCGGUACCGGUCCCUCGACGACUUCGUCGCGCUGCACCUCGAGCUCGCCGCGGACCGCGUCGACGACCACAUGCACGAUGGGCUGGGCUUUCUGACGACGCACGUCGCUUUAACGGCGUUCUUCGAGCGCGGGCUCCAGGCCGUGAACCCCAAAGUCACCGUGCCCUACUGGGACUACACGCGGGACGACGCCACGUUUAAAGCGCUCUACGGAAAGCACACGCCGCUGGACGCGCGGUUCUGGUCGCUCGACGAUUUGUGGAGCGACGGCUGGUACGGGUCCGCGGAGAACGGCUUCCACACGGUCACGGCGGGCCGCUUCGCCUACCAGCGCGUGCCGCGGGCGACGAGCGACCACGUCGCGAACCCCUACGGCUACUUGAGGGCGCCCUGGAACGCGAACGCGCGGCCGUUCGUGACGCGCGUGCACCAGCUCUGCGGCGCGGACUCGCUCACGGGCUUCGGCUGGCCGUCCUGCGGCACGCACCACAACCUCACGUUUCAGUCGACGUCCUACUACGCCUGGGCCUGGAAGGCGUCCUACGGCGCGCACGGCCCCGUCCACGCGGCCGUCGGCGGCACGUUCCAGUGCAAGGACGAGUACGACGGCCUGGCGGCCGUCGGCGUGCUCCCCCAGGACGUCGAGUCGCUGCGGGUCAUGUCCUUUGUGGUGCUCAAGUCGGGCUGGCGCGCGGGGCUCGUCGAGAUGCCCGCGGCGUGCUCGUCGGACGCGCCGCGCGCGGACUGCAAGCCCAAGUGCCCCCUCCUCGAGGACGCGGGCAGGUUCCGCAACAUCUCGGCGCUCGAGGACAUGUGGCAGGUGCUCUUCAUGGGCGCGCGGCUCUCGCGGUCCUACGACCACGACACGAAAGUCGGCGUGCUCAAGGCCGUCUGCACGACGCCCAUCGCGCCGGGCGACCAGCUCGAGGCGUCGUCGCCCGUGGACGUGUCCUUCUGGCCCGUGCACCCGACGCUCGAGCGCCUCUACAUGUACAAGGCGCUCCUCGGCGCAUCGGAGAACGCGACGGCGGGCUUCGAUACCACGGCGUGGGCGAACCCGGACGGCCCGACGCAGUACUGCCACAACAACGGCUGCAAGGGCCACCACCCCUACGACGUCGUGCCCUUCCCCGUCCACGCCGAGGCCAACGGCUCAAACUUCGAGGCCCGGUCCCUGACGAACCUCGAGCUGUUCAACGUCCUCGACCCCACGGAGCACCGCCUCCCCUACGUCUACGACGCCUUCUCCUGGGACCACUGCGAGGCCCAGGGCGUCGCGGCCUACUGCGCCGUGCCCAUCGCCGAGCUCGGCGCGCUGCUCGCGACGGGCGGCGUCCGGUGGUGCUACGGCGACGCGCCGUGUCCCGUCGGCGUCUGGGAGCGAGACGACCUGACCGUCGCGCACGCGUGCCCCGUCGCCUGCGGCCGCCGCGGCGUCGCCUGCGGGCCCGUCUGCUUCCCGAAGCCCGACUCGGCGUCGUGGGCCGGCGCGCACACGCUGCAGGGCUGCGGCGACGUCGACUUCCAGAUCAUGUACGGCGGCGCGGAGCGGCUCGCGGGCGACUGCUGCCCGGGGCUCCGCGACGCGCCCCGCUGCUGCGGCCAGCGGAGCUUCUCCGACGCCGAGCUCGCCGAGGUCUGCGAGCACUGCCCGAGCUCCUGCGGCUCCUGCUCCGCCGCGCCGUCGUACGCGCCGACGCGCUCGGACGCGCCGACGCGGCGGCCGAGCGCCGCGGCGCCGACGCGCCGACCGACCCGCGCGGCGCCGACGCGGCGGCCGAGCGCCGCGGACGCCGCGAACUCGUGCCGCUGGGCCGACGACGGCGAGUGCGACGAGCCCGAGUUCUGCGCCGUCGGCAGCGACGCGCGCGACUGCGCCCGGACGGCGCCGCCGACGGCCGCGCCGACGCCGUCCGACGACGUCGACGGCGGCGCCCCGCCCCGCGGCGGCGCCGUCGCGGUCGCCGCCGUCCUGCUCGCGUCCGCGGUCCGUCCAUAA